AUGCUAAAAACAAAAUAUGGAAAAGAAAGCGAGAUUGUCAACGCUUACAUAAGUGGUAUUAUGUCCCUGCCGACGAUUCAUGGAACAAACCCAAACAAGAUCUUAGAGUUCUAUGAAAAGCUGUGCUCAAACGUACAGUCUCUGGAAACCAUGGGCAAGUUAGGAGAGGUGAAUGGGUACGUUCGAAUGACUCUGAACAAGCUGGAAGGGAUCAGAGGAGAUUUAGUCCGUACCGAUGAUGAUUGGCAGGAAUGGAAGUUCCCGCAGCUUCUCAAAGCGUUACGGAAGUGGACCCNAGAUGCCAGCGGCAAGGGCGUAUCAGCAGCAGUAUACUCAGUCACACAUCAACCAUCUGGCGUAACCCAAGGUCUGGUAGCUGCAAAGUCCAGGCUUGCGAAGAAAGGGUUGACAAUACCAAGGCUCGAACUAGUGGCUGGACAUAUGGCAACCAAUCUCGUGCACAACGUGAAAGAUGCUCUACAAGGGUUCCCAAUAACAAGUGUCCACUGUUGGCUUGACAGCAGCGUUGCUCUUCACUGGAUCAGAGGGGGUGGAAACUACAAACACUUUGUCAGCAAUCGGGUGCAGAAAAUCCAGGAGAAGCAUUACAUCCAGUGGCGGCAUGUUAGUUCAAAGGAAAACGCUGCUGAUCUCGGAAGCCGAGGUGGAGAAGUAAAUGAAACCUCGGACCUGUGGUGGAAUGGACCACCUUGGUUAGCACAGCCACAGAAUUGGCCACCGGAUAUCGUCACCAGUCCAACCAAAGAAACGCAAGCUGAAGAAAAACUCAUCAAAGAAGUUCUUGCACUCACCAUUGAAACCAAUGACGAACUAGAUCAGUUGAUGCAAAAGUAGGAGUUGGUUCGUGGGUUUCUCGAUUUAUCCGAAACUGCAGAGCUAAACGUCAACAGAGGACCACUGGACCAACCACCACUGAGGAGACCAACAGCCAGAUCGAGUUCUGGGAACGACGAACACAGAUCAGAUGCCAAAGCACGACCAAGUUUCAAGAAGAUCAGUUACGACUCAAUCUUCAGAAGAACAAAGACGGACUCUACGAGUGCAGAGGCCGUAUCCAGGGAGACUAUCCAAUCUACCUGCCUGACGACACACUGUUCAGUGGGAAGCUGGUUAUGUACGCUCACACACAAACUCUCCACGGGGGAGUUAGUUUGACGAUAACAAAGAUAAGAGAAAAGUAUUGGAUACCACGUCUCA